ACUUCACGGACGCAGGUUGGGUGGGUGCAGCGGCGAGAGCCACGGCGAGGGAGAUCUGGGGUAGCAUGGCCGGGAGAAGCGCCUUCCCCGCCGCCGCGCUCCGGCUCUGGAGCAUCCUCCCGUGCCUGCUGGUACUGCGGGCGGAGGUCGGGCAGCCGCGGGAGGAAAGCCUGUACCUGUGGAUCGAUGCUCACCAGGCAAGAGUGCUCAUAGGAUUUGAAGAAGAUAUCUUGAUUGUUUCAGAGGGGAAAAUGGCCCCCUUUACACAUGAUUUCAGAAAAGCACAACAGAGAAUGCCAGCCAUUCCUGUCAAUAUCCAUUCCAUGAAUUUUACCUGGCAAGCUGCAGGGCAGGCAGAGUACUUCUAUGAAUUCCUGUCCUUACGCUCCCUGGAUAAAGGCAUCAUGGCAGACCCAACUGUCAAUGUCCCUCUGCUGGGAACAGUGCCUCACAAGGCAUCAGUUGUUCAGGUUGGUUUCCCAUGUCUUGGAAAACAAGAUGGAGUGGCAGCUUUUGAAGUGAAUGUGAUUGUAAUGAAUUCUGAAGGCAACACCAUCCUACAGACACCUCAAAAUGCUAUCUUCUUUAAAACAUGUCAACAAGCCGAAUGCCCAGGAGGGUGCCGAAAUGGAGGCUUUUGUAAUGAAAGACGCAUCUGUGAGUGUCCUGAUGGAUUCUAUGGCCCUCACUGCGAGAAAGCCCUUUGCACACCACGGUGUAUGAACGGCGGGCUCUGUGUCACUCCUGGGUUCUGCAUCUGCCCACCUGGAUUCUAUGGAGUCAAUUGUGAUAAAGCAAACUGCUCAACUACCUGCUUUAAUGGAGGGACCUGUUUCUACCCUGGGAAGUGUAUUUGCCCUCCAGGACUAGAGGGGGAACAGUGUGAAAUCAGCAAAUGCCCGCAACCCUGCCGAAAUGGAGGUAAAUGCAUUGGUAAAAGCAAAUGUAAGUGCUCCAAAGGUUACCAAGGAGACCUCUGUUCAAAGCCUGUCUGUGAGCCUGGCUGCGGUACACAUGGAACUUGCCAUGAACCCAACAAAUGUCAGUGUCAAGAAGGCUGGCACGGAAGACACUGCAAUAAAAGGUACGGAGCCAGCCUCAUGCAUGCCCUGAGGCCAGCAGGCGCCCGGCUCAGGCAGCACACGCCUUCACUUAAAAAGGCCGAGGGGAGGCAGGAUCCACCUGAAUCCAAUUACAUCUGGUGAACUCCGACAUCUGAAACGUUUUAAGUUACACCAAGUUCAUAGCCUUUGUUAACCUUUCAUGUGUUGAAUGUUCAAAUAAUGUUCAUUACAGUUAAGAAAACUGGCCUGAAUUUUAUUAGCUUCAUUAUAAAUCACUGAGCUGAUAUUUACUCUUCCUUUUAAGUUUUCUAAGUACGUCUGUAGAGUGAUGGCAUAGAUUUUCUUGUUUCAGUGUUUUGGGACAGAUUUGAUGUUAUGUCAGUGGAUCAGGUUAAAACUGUGUCUUUUCAGUUGUGUAGCUGGCAAAUUAUUUCCAAAAUUGCAAUGCAUUCACGGUGUCAAGGGGCUGGGGAACACUGAAGAAGAUACGUGGAACAAAAAGGCAUAAAUCACAGCGUUGGAUGAAGCACUUAAUUGUGUUGAAGUUACCACAUUUCUAGUGUUAUUGUCAGGUAUUUAGACAUUUGUCACAUUUUUAAAAUUCCCCUUGUUUGUAAACUCUCAACACAAUAUAUUUUGACCUUACCAUGAUUCCAGAGAAUUCACUAGAAAGAAAGAAAGAAUGAACGAAAGAACGAAAGAACGAAAGAAAGAGAAGAAAGAACACUGUGGCAGUGGCAUUUAACAAUAUAAUAUAUGUAAACACAAUAAAAUAGGGAAUAUAAUGUAUGGACUUUUGGCAUUGGCUUGAAGCAAUAUAAUAUAUUGUAAACAAAACACAGCUCUUACGUAAUAAACAUUUUAUACUGUUUGUAUAAAAUAAAGGUGCUGCUUUAGUUUUCAGAGGGUUGUAUGGAGUGGUCUUUGCACGCGCUAUCUUGCGGAAAU